UAUCGGAGGUAGACAAGGUGCUCUAGGGCAUUCCCAGAAAAUUGUCUGAAAAAAUCUGAUUUCUCUCUAAUUUCGACUUUUGUAGUCACUUUUGAAGAUGUCUGCUGCUAAUUGUAGAGUUCUUUCGAUCCAGAGCCACGUAGUAUCCGGCUAUGUUGGCAAUAAAAGCGCAACAUUCCCCUUGCAAGUCCUGGGGUUUGAAGUUGAUACAAUCAAUUCUGUGCAAUUUUCAAACCAUACAGGUUACAAGUGUUUCAAAGGGCAAGUGCUGAAAGAUAGUGACCUGACCGAGCUUUAUGAGGGUUUAAAAGAAAACAACAUUAAUCAUUACACCCACUUGCUCACAGGUUACGUCUUUGCAAAGUCCUUCUUACAUAAAGUUUGUGAAGUUAUAACAGAUCUCAAGAAGGUGAAUCCAAAUCUAGUCUACGUUUGUGAUCCAGUCAUGGGUGACAAUGGGAAAUUGUAUGUGCCUGCUGACCUCUUGCCUGUAUACCGCGAUCACGUGAUUCCACUUGCAGAUAUCAUCACACCAAACCAGUAUGAAGCAGAACUAUUAACUGGGAUUGAUAUAAAGACAGAGGCUGAUGCAUGGAAAGCAAUGGAUUUCUUUCACAGUAAAGGAGUGAAAACGGUCAUGAUAAGUAGCACUGAUUUAGGAACUGAUGACAAACUGCUUGGAUUAGGAAGCUCAAAAAUAGAUGGAAAAAAGACUGCCUUACGAAUAGAAAUUCCCAAACUUCCAGCUAGCUAUACUGGAACAGGAGAUUUAUUUGCAGCAUUACUUCUUGCCUGGAUGCACCAUCACAACAAUGACCUCAAGAUUGCCUGUGAAAAGACUGUCUCCUGUAUGCAGACAGUACUCAGGAAGACACUGGAAGCUGCACAGCGUCAAGCUGGUGAAGGGAAUAAACCAACUGUGAAGGAACUAGAGUUAAAGAUGGUGCAAUGUAAGAAAGACAUAGAGGAACCUGUGAUAACGUGUUCAGCUCAAGUGCUUGAGUCAUAGCUUGGCUUUUACCUUGUGUAAACCAUGAAAAUAAAGUGUCUUCUGUGUGCAGAAAGGGAGCUAGGCCAUGUCUGACUUAGCUAAAGUCCUUGUAUGAUUGAAAUUGUGCUUAUUAGAGACACCUAUAGGUCACUUAACAAAGUUUAAUCUGGCCGAAACGACUCCUGCCUAUGGUCUUCCUACAGGGUGAAUUUAUUAUAAAAUGGUGAGGCUAAUGAUUUGCACCAUUUAUUAUCAAUGUGAUUUUGUGAUAAAAUUCCGAAGACAUUUUAGCCUCGUGAAAAUGUCAUGGUUUAUGUUACUGGGAACAAGUGCCAGCAAAACUGUACUAAUAGAUCCUCUAUAGCAGUAUUAAUUCAUUCAUUCCAGUGAUGGACGUGAUUUGUGUCUUAAUCAUGUGAUUAUUGGCUAGCAUACAAUAGGGAUUUUUCAAUUGUCAAAGAUACACAGAUUAUUUAUGGGAAGAUUCUGCAAUCAUGUUGUUCAGUUAACUCAGGACGACGUGCAAUUUAAUUUAUUUCUGUAUGUGUAUGUAGAUUUCUGCAUGUAAAUUUUGCAUCGUCAAAUUGUUAUCAUGUCACAUCGACCAUGUAUUGUACAUAAAUGAAAGGUUGUGGUCUUGUGAUGCAUGUUGUGGGUUGGGAGAGCACGGCAUGAAAUGAUACAUAGGAGCUACUCCUAUGCCACUCUUUUGUUAUGUGAGGUAUUUUAGCAAUUAGGAUUAUCAUUAAGAGAAAGGAGUAGAAUUUGGGUAAGGGGUAAUUUUCCAUGUUUUUAUUUGGGGUGAACAAAUUUUAGUUUAGUUUACUGUGGAGGUUACAGUUGUACUUGGUAUACAUUCGCAAUAUAAUGUGUCAACUUAAGCGUUUAAUUCAGUCAAGGUGUGUCUGUUACGCAUAUGCCUACAUUGUAUUGCAUGUAAUUAGGCCUUUUGUACAGGUGCCUUUUCAACAAGCUUCUAUUCACGUUGAUACAGUGUAUAUUCAAGUAUAAUAAUUUGUAGUAUAUUUUCUAUACAAUAAAAAUGUAAUAAAAGAUCUACAUGUAUGGUAAAUACCAAAUCAUGACUAUUUUAUAAUGAUAGAUAAAUAAAAUAUAUGAGAUGAAUGGA